GGCUGCUGCUGAGGAGAGAUCAUAUGAUGUCACAGGUAAACAAGCCCAGAGAGUGGUUUUGCAUCAAGUCAGCGUGCUAAACAAACUAGCUGUGAUAUUGCCUGGCCCGUAAGGAGAUACGUACUAUUUGGAAAUCAAGAUGGAUCUAAAAGGCGCUAUUGAACUGCUGGAGACAGGAGACCAAGAUUGCGCUCUGACUGCUCUACAAAGCUUCAACUCACAGAUGUCCCAUUGCUUUACAUUUGAAAAUGAAGAUGGACAGGAAAGAGAGCAUCUAGGUGAGUUAGUUCUGGGCUUUUUGAAUGGGGACCUGCAGCCUUCAUGCCAGGUGGCCUGUCUGGAGACCAUCCGAAUCCUGUCACGGGACAAGAAGUGCCUUGGUCCUUUUAUCACCUGCUCUGCCAUGUCCACACUGGCCCGGUAUGCAGGUAUUGCUGUGGGUUGUACCAGCACUGAAGACCAGAGAGAGCAGGGAACAAAACAAGGUGAGGAAACUUGUCCACUUUCUGAAAAUCCUGACUUGGAGGUGAUUGUGGAGGCACUGAAGACCAUUUGUAACAUUGUACUCUACAAUGAGACAGCUCAGGUGGUGUCUGCCGAACUACAGUUGAUCAAAGGUGUGGCUGAAAGGUUAAAACAGUGCCGUGAUCCCAUCUGGACAUAUGAGGUACGUUUCUUUGACUUGCGACUGACCUUCCAGCUAACGGCUCUGAGAGUGGAUGUCCGAGCACAGCUGGCUAAGGAGCUGCAUGGAGUCAGCCUGCUCGGGAACCAACUGGAUGCUACUCUGGACCUUUGCUGGCCUGAUUCACUGGAGACUGCCAGGAAGGGCUGUGAAGGUGUACCAUCAGAGGACCUACCACCUCUGUCUCAGCAGCAGAUCGAACUAAGCAUGGAAAUACUUAAAAUCCUCUUCAAUAUUACUUUUGACACGCAAAGACAUAAGGUGGAUGAGGAAGAAGCUGCUGAAUAUAGACAUUUGGGGGCGAUCCUGAGACACUGUCUAAUGAGCCGCACUGAAAGUGAACAACUCACAGAGGAGUUCCACAGUCACACUAUUAACCUUCUGGGUAAUUUGCCAUUGCCCUGCCUGGAUGUACUGUUGAUGCCAAAAGUACAGCCCAAUUCCAUUGAGUACAUGGGAGUCAACAUGGAUGCAGUCCACAUGCUGCUAGAGUUUAUGGAGAGGAGGGUAGACCGGGGACACAAGCUGAAAGAAACACUUAUUCCUUCUCUAAAUUUAUUAACUGAAAGUUCCCGCAUCCAUAGAGAAACCAGAAAAUUCUUACGUUCUAAGGUGCUGCCUCCACUGCGGGACGUGAUGAACAAACCAGAGGUGGGCAACACUCUGAGGAAUAAACUGGUCCGACUCAUGACUCACAUUGACACUGACGUCAAAGACUGUGCAGCUGAGUUCCUCUUUGUACUCUGCAAAGAAAAUGUCUCGAGGUUCAUUAAGUACACUGGAUAUGGCAACGCAGCAGGACUACUGGCUGCCAGAGGACUGCUGAGGGGGGGCAGAGACUCUGGCAUUUACUCUGAAGAUGAAGACUCAGAGACAGAGGAGUACAAGGAGUUCAAGGCGCGUAUAAACCCAAUCACAGGAGUGGUGGAAGAGGACAGGCCUGAUCCAAUGGAGGGAAUGACAGAGGAGCAAAAGGAAUAUGAAGCUAUGAAACUGGUCCAAAUGUUUGACAAACUGUCAAGGUCCAGUGUAAUUCAGCCAAUGCAGCUUGAUAUGGACGGGAAUAUGAAAGAACUGACCACAGACGAUUUGCACAGACUGACCAACAACCCUGUGUUACAAGCAGAAAAUCUAAACAAUUCAGAUGAAGAUGAGGCAUAGAACAAAUGUCUAAAAACUGACAGGAAUAUCUAGGUUUUAUGUUGCACUCACCCUAUCAGUUUGUGUUAUUCUUGUUUUAAAACACUAAACUUGUACUAAUCAUAAAUGUAAAAUGCUGAGAUUAUUGUCUACUGUCAGAUGCUGCAUCUGCUUACUGCAUCCAAAACCUCAAAAUCAAGAUGGAUGCAAAUCAGGAAAAAUGGUUUUACAGGGUUACAGGUUUGUUAUUUGUUUGUCUUCUGCAAAAUCUCCAAGAAAUAUAUAUUAUUCUUUUACUACAAAGUGAAAGUUACAUUUUGUUUCUAAGUUACUAGAAAAAAUAUUUUAAAUAAUCAAGUAACUUUAUCACGUCUCUGUUAUUGUAAUCUUAUAAAUGUGUUACAAUAAUAAAUGAAUAAUCUAUGUAUGUAUGAAAUUUCUUUUCUUCAAAAUGAAUAAAAAUAUGCAACAAAACCAACACU